AUGUCUGUAGUGCAGCCAAAUUAUAAAAUAUGCAAAGACGAAGCAAUGAAAAAAAGAUUAAUGGGUCUGAAGAGUACGGUCGUGACAAAGAUAAGGGAACAAUUAAACGCUGUUAAAAAUGUAGUGUGUACAUCCGAUUGUUGGUCAUCGUUAGCACAGGAUUCGUACAUUGCGAUAACUGUACAUAUUAUUAAUUCCAAUUGGGACACAGACAGUUUUGUUUUGAGUGUAUAUGAGAUGGAAGAACGCCAUACUGCCCAAAACCUCGCAGAUGAGCUACAGAGAACUCUCGAAGAAUGGGAAAUUAAUUCGAAAGUAGUAGCCAUUGUAACAGACAAUGCCAAAAAUAUGGUAAAUGCUAUCUCAUUGUUAUCGGAAGUAUCGGACAACACCAACAUUUAUAGCGUAACAUGUGCAGCACACAGUGUGCAAUUAGCUGUAAAUCAUGCAUUAAAAGAAAAAACCGUACAACAAAUAAUCGAUACAUGCAGUAAAAUGGUAGGACAUUUUAAACAUUCAAAUGUUGCGAAACAUGCAUUACAGGAAAAACAAGUACAGCUUUCUUUGCCAAAAAAUACAUUAAUACAAAGCUGCUCUACACGUUGGAACUCCACGUAUUUUAUGUUAGACAGUUUAUAUACAAAUAGAUGUGCAAUAUCAAAUGUUAUUGCAGAUAGAGCCAUUACUAAUGCAAGGGUAGCACAAUCUCUAGAAAUAAAUGAAAAACAAUGGACAAUAAUAGAGUCUCUCUUAAAUAUUUUAAAACCGCUGCAAAUUAUAACAACACUUUUUUGUGGAGAAAGCCACUCUCCUAUCUCAAUGGUGAGACCAUUAAUCAAAAAAUUGAUCGAAAAACACUUAAAUUUAAACAACGAUGACGACACGCUUUUGUGUAUAUUCAAAAAAACUAUAAUUUCAGAACUUACGAGACGUUUCAAACUUGAAUGGAUCGAAGGUGAUACUCUUUCGUUAAACCAUAUAUCCUGUUUUUUUGAUCCAAGAUAUAAAAAUCUGGAACACGAAACGUCUGACGUAAAAGAAAUAAUUCGUACAGAAGCAAAACGAUUGCUUCAAAACUCGGAUGUAGUAAAUGCAGUACAUACAGUAAAUACAGUAAAUACAGCAAAGGCACAUGACAAAUCUGCUCUUGAAUUUUUAUACAACGAAAUCACCGAUAAAAAUGAUGUUUAUAUUCAAAUUGAAACAUAUAUGACCGAGCCACAAUUACGCUUUGACUUAAAUCCAUUUGAAUGGUGGAAAGCUAGGACAAACAAAUAUCCAGCAAUUUCCGAAGUUGCCAAAAAAUAUUUAACAAUUCCAGCAACUUCAGCGAUGUCGGAACGAUGCUUUUCAUGCGCUGGAAAUAUUGUCACAAAAAAAAGAAACCGUUUGCUUCCAGAGAAUGUUAACACCUUAGUUUUUUUAUCUCAAAACAAAAAUUUAAUAAAUUGA